AUGAUCCGGCGUUUACUUCAGUUGUCUGUGUACAGGCGUACACCACUACGCCUCUCAUCUUCCACGGCGGCUGCAGAUGCCGCAGGUCUUGGGAUCUCCUUUGAGUUAUCUCCACAGCAGAGGGAAAUUAAGGAACUUGCCCAUCGCUUUGCAAAAGAGAAAAUCAUUCCCGUGGCUGCCCAAUACGAUAGAUCCAUGGAAUAUCCAUAUGAUGUCUUUAAGGAGGGAUGGGAAUUGGGUCUUAUUAACAUGCAUAUUCCACAAGAGUAUGGAGGAAUGGGGGCCAGCUGCUUUGAAGGAUUACUUGUACAUGAAGAAUUAUCAUGGGGUUGUUCUGGUAUCUCUACUGCAUUUGAGGCCAACAGUUUAAGUCAGGCUCCUGUUAUUAUUGCCGGUAAUGAUGCCCAGAAAAAGGAAUUCCUCACACGCAUGACGGAGGAACCAUUAAUCUCUGCCUACUGCGUUACGGAACCAGGCGCCGGUUCAGAUGUGGCUGCGAUAAAAACAUUCGCUACCAAGAAGGGAGAUGCAUGGGAAGUGAAUGGACAAAAGAUGUGGAUUACAAAUGGAGGUGUGGCCAAUUGGUAUUUUCUCCUCGCCAACUCACCCGAUGGAUUUGUGGGAUUUGUGGUAGAUGCCAACACACCGGGUAUUAAGCCUGGGAAGAAGGAAAUUAAUAUGGGUCAACGCUGCAGUGAUACGCGUGGGAUUCUCUUUGAAAACGUGGUGAUUCCCGAUAAGAAUGUACUUGGAUCUCCCGGUGAUGGAUUUAAAAUUGCCAUGCGGGCCUUUGACUUCACUCGACCGCCUGUGGCGAUUGGCGCCGUUGGUGUGGCUCGACGGGCAUUGGAAGAAGCCUGUGCCUACGCCAAACAACGCAAAACGAUGGGAAAGUAUAUCUCUCAACAUCAAUCGGUGGCUUUCAUGUUAGCAGACAUGGCCGCCUCUAUUGAGGCUGUGCGGCUGUUGGCGUAUCGCGCCGCGUGGGAAGUGGAUCAGGGACGAUCGAAUACAUUUUACGCCUCAUCCGCAAAAUUGUUGGGGGCGGAAGUGUGUGAACGGUGUGUGACGAAUGCGGUGCAGAUAUUUGGUGGGAAUGGAUAUAAUACGGGUUAUCCAGUGGAGAAGCUUUACCGAGAUGCGAAGAUAUUUUCUAUUUAUGAGGGAACUAGUCAGGUACAACGUCUGGUGAUCAGCAGAUUGUUGCUGGGGAAAGAGUAA